GUUGGCUUACCUCCACGGCAUUCUGUCUCAGUCUUUCAGUUGUUGUGUUGGCAUCUAAAAGCCUUGGAAAGAAUUGGAUGCGUUCAGUGGUUAAUGGAAUGGCUGGAGGUCGCCCAACUAAAGUGGAGCAUCCCACUGGGUGCACAGCGUGUCAUGGAUGCAGUGAAGGAGGGCCAUAAGAGCAGCCUCAGCUCAGGCAAAAUGGUGGCUCUGGCUGCGGGGCUGUCUGUUGGGGCCACAGUGGGCUACUUCGUCUACCGCCACAUCAGCAGCACCAAUAACAGCCAGCCACCCAACACUGAGGUGUCAAAGAUGACUCUUCCUGUAGAAGUCUACAGGAACAUAUCCAGAUACCAGGCCAAGUUCUUGGACAUGGUGACCCAGAAGACUGGAGCUCAUGUGAGGGUUUUGUCAGAUUCAGGGGAGCCUGGAUGUAAGACGGCCGUGUGCUUCCUGCUGCAGGGGUCUAAGGAGCAGGUGUUGUUGGCCCGCUGUGUUCUGGAGAACUUAGUCACAGACUGUGAACCAGUGUCGGAGGUUUUGGAGGUUCCUCAGACUUCCUUUGGACGUAUAAUAGGUCGUGGUGGAGAGAGUGUGAAACUAAUCACCAGGACCACAGGGGCUAAAGUAGUCUGCUCUAAAGAGAAGACGCACGGUCCAGGUGCGAAGGGCAGCGUGACCAUCACAGGGACCAGACAGGAGGUGACCCAGGCCAAGGACAUGAUUCUAGAAAAAGUCAAAGAGGACAUGAUGGUGAGGGCGAAGAUUUCCCAGUCAUCUGCCCUGCGCCAGAAACGGGGCCACACUGUUCUGAAUCAGAAGCCAGACAUCACGGAGACUGACCCACCACUAGGACUGAACAACAACGGCCCCCUCACCCCGACAGAGAAGAAUGGACCUGUCCAGGCCAACGGGACCACAGGAGAAGCAGAAAACAUUUUUGGCAAGAUGGAGGAGCUGAAAACAAAUAACUCAGACAGCAAGGAGGAGGAGGAGGAGGACACUGUCUCUACUGACUCACUCUCAGAAGUUUCCAAAUUUGAAAUUCCCAGCCCCGACCUGAGUUUCCAGCCUGAUGAACACCUAGAAGUUUAUGUUUCUGCAUCAGAAAACCCAAACCACUUCUGGAUCCAGAUCCUGGGCGUACGCUCCCUCCAGCUGGACAAACUGACAGAGGAGAUGAACCGCUUCUACAACAGUGGCAACCCCACAGAGCAGCGGGUGGAGACCAUCGUGGUGGGAGACAUUGUGGCAGCUCCAUACCGAGACCACGGCUCAUGGAAUAGGGCCAGGGUGAUGGGAUUCCUGGCUUCUGGACUGGUGGACCUUUACUAUGUUGAUUUUGGAGACAACGGGGAGCUGCCCAGAGACAGCCUCCGCCACAUGAGGAGUGACUUCCUCAGCUUGCCAUUCCAAGCUAUUGAGUGCAACUUAGCAGGAGUGAGGCCAAAAGGAGAGGUGUGGACUGAGGAGGCUCUGGAUGACUUUGAGCGGCUCACGUUUUGUGCCUCUUGGAGACCUCUGCAGGCCAAACUCUGCAGCUACUCUCAUUCCGAGAUCUCCUCCUGGCCUAGCGUCAAGCUCUAUGACAACAGUGAGGGCAAGACUGUGGACAUCUGCGAGGAGCUCAUCCGGCUGGGCCAUGCUGUCAGCUUCCAGGAAGUGUUGAAUGGCAGGACUGAGGGUGAAAAUCUGGGCUGUUUACAGAAGAUGUUGGAUGACGUAAUAGGAGCAUCAUCAGAGCUGAGCCUCUCCUGUAUCAGUUUGUCAGUGGAGCAGAACGACAGUCCCUCUGCAUUCACAGCUCACAGCUUGGCCCUCUCCAGCCCCGCCAAGCCGAAUCGCACUGUUGAGUCAUCGCCCAAGCUAACCCAUGCCAUCAGCCUCACUAGUUCUCAAGUCUCUGUGCCAAUGCUUGAAAGCUCACAACUUCACUUUCCCUCCUCCACUUCCUGUUUGGAAAGUUCCCACUGCCUUUGGGAAUUAACCAGUGAUGAAAUGACUGGAGACCGCACCCUGCUGGAAGAAGGCUGUGUAGGUGGAAAUGCGGAGAAGCAAAUGUCCACUCUGAGUAGAUCCACUGAGAGCUUUUACUCCUGUUAUACCUUCAGCACGGCAGACGGUGUAGUCAACAGCAGUACCAGCCCAACUUUCACAUCUGCCUGCUCCCAUACAAGCCAGGACUCCAGUCAGAGUCAUGAGCAUGGACGUGAUAUCUGUGACGUGACUGCGCUAAGUGAUGGCAGUUUUCUUACUGACAGCAGCAGCCACAGCAGUGAUAUUACUUACACAAGACCGACUGGCUGCAUGUUUCAGGCAGACUAUAGGCAGCAAGGAGUUGGGGCAAACAGUAGCCUACGUGCAGCUGGAGCAAUCAACGGUAAAGUGUUUCAAAUAGAACCAAGAGAUCGAAUGUGCAGUUCACCUCAGCAUGGCGUGAUAUCCAGCCAAGACUCAAAUAAAGAACUGCAGCAGGAAUGUGGAACCUUUACAGAGGAAGAGGAAGCAGGACAAACAACAGAUUCCAGCAUUAAUCCUUGUACUUACACAAAUUAUACAGAAGCUGUCUCAAUCUCAGGAAGCGUUGAUGAUGUCGUUGAGGAUGAGCUGCUCUAAGACCAAAGACGCUCACAAAUAUCAAGCACUGACCAUCUACUCCUCAGUAUCGGUCCAAAUACGAUGAAGAGGACUUUUCUCCGUCUGAUCUCAACUGCAGAAAUCCUCAUCGUGAAGCCUUACCUAUUCGAUGAGCGUGCAACAGUUCUUCCAGCCAUGUUCUCUUUGUUGUUGUUCAGUGAUGAAUUCUUAUCUUUUGCCGUUAUGUUUUUCUGUUCCGUACCCAAUGCUGCUUUUGCUCAAGUGCAUUGUUACUGUAUUUUGUGUUCAAGAAAUGAAGAGAGGAACAAGAACAGAAUGCCAGUAUUAUUAUUAUUAUUAUUACUAUUAUUACUAUUAUUGAAAAGCACUGUGAUAUGAGUGCAGAGCCAGAAGGCAGCUGGUUUUGUUGCUAAGAUCUAUUUUUUUUUCUCUACUUGUGUGUAUAUUUCAAGUGAUAUCCCCAAAUAUUGGGAGUCAGGAGUUGUUAUAUUUUGGAAAUUUAAAAUGCAGUAUUAUUGAAUGUGGUUCUCAGAUUAUGUUCGGUAGGAAAAAUGUGGCAUCUACUGUCUUGUGGCUGAAGACAGACGAAAGUUUUUCUUCAGAAGUGUAACAGAUUGCACUAUAUUAAAAUAAAGGAUUUAUUUUAUUUCA